AUGGAUUCACAAACGCGGUCUCACGUUCAAGAAUGGCUGGCGGGGACGAUAGAAGAACCAGGAGACACCAAACCUAUGCCGGGCGCGUUUCCCGACAUCGUUUUGGCUCAGCCCAGGAUACCUCAAGCGCUCCGAAUCAACGAUCCCACUGCCGAUCUUUCCAUUCCCGGUGCGAACGAAUCGAACCGAAAGAGGCACUCAAAUGUUGAAUUGCGAAGACGCGACUACAGUCGUAGGGCACGGUACAAGACGAAAGAGGAUCGCUACGAAUACAAGGGGAAAGGAGCCCGGGCGAAAGAUACCUCGGGGUCGAAGAAAAGAAAGAAGACCGCGAAUCGCAUUCGAAAGCAUACAAUCAAUGACUACUUCCAUGCAUCAAAUGUGACAGCGGACAGAUUGACCCUCCGUCGAUCCCUGGACAUGGGCAUAUUUAAUAAAGGGAAAGCAUCGACUCCUGUGAAGUCUCGUCGAGGUGUGGAACUAUUUGAUGAUGCUGUGUAUACUUUGACCAUGAGGCUUAUCUUAUAUUUAGUUCAUGACGUGUUUUCGGAAGUCAAUUUUCUGUCUCGGUCCACGUUGUCGAAUCGCGAACGAUUGUCUACAGUACAGCGGGGCGGAACAAACGACCUUGAAAAAAAGCUUACGAGCGAGGCCUCCGAGAGGCAAAGAACAGAUCAUGCCUUGAGCAAUUUAGUACGGAAGAACGGUAUUGAAGAACGAUUUCGCUUUUCGCCAAUUGAGAGUCCGAUUGAAAAUGCGCAAAUAGAAGAGAGUACGGAAGAGUCAUUGGAAAUAUACACAAAGGGACUCUUAUAUUUUGACCUAGGUGCCUGGGAGGCCAGUGAGGUAUUGUACAAAGUGGGUUCAUCGAAGAAGUACUGGACUCUAGAGGAUCUCAAGCUUCUACUGAAAGAGCGAAUACAAACAUGGCAUAGCCAAGAGCAACACAAAUACCAGCGGUUUCCGUCCGCUGAGUCGAAGGCAACCAUUCCGCAACAGCCUAGCGAGACGAUAAGCCAAAGUCAAGGAGACAAGACAGAAGCGAUUGAGAGCGUCAAGCCCAGCAUUGAGAACGCUGAAUUUACUCCCUCAAUAAUUUCUCAAGGGGUCCACAAUUACGCGAGUGAGAACCUUGUACAGGCCGACCCAUGCGAGAGUCCUAAAUAUAACCAAGAAUGCCAUAGCUUGAUGGUUUUCGACCAAGAACCAACCGUUCCAUUCACGUUUGCAAAACCAAUCAUUCAUGAGCCAACUACAUUCUACGAUGAGAAUGAGUGCGAAAUCAAUGGCACUGAGAUAAUGGAGAGCGAAAUGGACUGGGCAUACGAUUGGCCGCUGGUAUCGAACGGAAUAGAGAAUGAUCAAGGGGCGGGUCACUACGGGGAUUAUUCUCAUGCUCUAGAUCCAGCUUACCACAUGAUCGUCGACUCAGAUAAGGGUUCUCUGUAUGAGAUUACUGGUAAUAGGGAGUUGAAAUUAACAGAUGACUCUCCGAUGGGUGACAAUGAGAACAUCGGUCUGAUACAGCAAGGCUGUCGAUCUUGGGGUAUUUCGAAUCAGGCGUGCUCACCUUUCCCUCCAUCUCUCGACAAAAUCCCUCAAUUCAACCUUGGUUUACAGGAGCAAUUUUAUGGGGAAUUAUACGCUCAGGAGUCUCGCCAGCAUCCCUGCACGACCAACCCACUGGAAACAAGAUGCUGCAUUAGGCAACCUCUAGCAAGACAAGAAGAACGUUCUGGCCAACAGCCUGCAGGGGCAUUCAAUCCCGAAGAGGAGUUGCUUCAUGGGCUGAAAGGGUUUUGGAGACGAAACAAGCUGUAUUGA